ACCCAUCAAAUUGUGGGGUCCUUUUCUUAACAAAACCUUUCUUAUAAAUCAUUUCUCUUCUCCUAUUUCUUCAGUUUCCAUUUCUCUUUCUUUGAAUCUGUCAAAAUUGUUCUUUAAGAAAAAAUGGCUGACUAUGGCACCGCUAUCUCUCUUUCAAGAGAGCUUUCUCACACUUCUGAGGACUCUUCCUCUGAUCAAAGUCCAAGAAGCGUUCCUCCAUCAUCAUCCUCCAAACAUGCAGCCCACCAUAGGAAAUCCGCAAUCAGCUCCCCUGACAAUUACCAGCACCACCUCCACCACCAUCACACGGCGAUUGAGAUUCAAAGAAAGCCAAGAGGUAGACCUCCAGGCUCUAAAAACAAGCCGAAACCGCCCAUUGUCAUCACUAAAGAUAGUGACUCUGCUAUGAAACCAGUCAUCCUCGAGAUCUCCGCUGGGUCAGAUAUCAUUGACUCUAUCAUCAACUUUGCUCGUAGAAUCCACUCUGGCAUCAGUGUAAUAAGUGCUACAGGUUCUGUCUCUAACGUCACGCUCCGCCACCCGCUUUCUCACGCGCCAUCUCUCUCUCUACAUGGACCCUUUAAUAUACUUUCUCUAUCAGGCACAUUUAUUGGUUCUUUUACCCCAAAACAAUCCGCUGGUUCUUCUUCUGUUGGUUCCCCUUCUUGUUGUUUUGGAAUAUCUCUUGCAGGGGCACAAGGGCAAGUAUUUGGAGGAAUUGUAGCUGGAAAGGUGUUAGCGGCAAGUCAGGUGGUGGUGGUGGCUGCAACUUUCUUGAACCCAACAUUUCACAGGCUGCCAAGUGAUCAUAAUGAUAAUGAGGUUGAAGAGACUGAGCCUAGCCUUGGUGGACCUGCUUCUGCAAAUGAGUCUUGUGUUAGUACUGGCAUGUCAAUGACUGUUUAUGCCGUGGCCAAUCCAACUCCUAUCAAUAGCCAAAUGUCUCCUCCUGAUAUUAUGCACUGGCCUGGUCCUCCUCGCCCUCAUUACUAGAAGGGCACCCAAAAAAAGAAAAUUAAAAAUCCAAGAGAGUAGCUGUGGAUUAUACAUGCAAAUUUGAUCAUCUAGACAAUCCUGUUGUAGUUGGGUUAAUUUACAUUUUCUAGAUCUUUAGAGCAGGUAGCUAUUGUGGUUUGAAAGUUUUAGUGCUAUACAAUGAACUGAGUGAUCUAUCUUUUCUCU